GCAACAGUACACAAACAAAGAGCCCAGUCUGGAGAUGUGUGAUGCUAACAGCAACAUUAUCAGGCGACACACAAAACGCUGAGCAUGCGUGUUGCCAGAUGGAAGAAGUCACCUCAGAGAUGUCAUCACUUAAUCCCAUAAUAUUUAUUAUAAUACCAUGCGUCACACAUAAGACCCAGUGUCCCUGCAGUCAGUGAUUAAUCAUGUUAUCAACAGAAGUACCGGAGAUUUCUCCAGGCAGCGUUGUUGUUUCAGAGACUCUCAGUGCUGCCAAAUCACGCAAACCAGACAUGAAAAAGAGAGACACUCGACAGAGCCCAUUCAAAGUGCCGGACAGCAAUAGCAUGUUCCUGCUGAGUGUUAAUGAAAAAGCGAACCGAAAAGAGGAGAUGCGUCAAUUCCUGGCUUUGCCAAUUAAUGAGAAGACCACCCACACUGCUCGAAUGAUGGCCAGGUUGAGGAAAGAGCUGCAAGAACAAGUGGAGGAGGAGGAGGAGGAGAAGAAAGAGGAGGAGGGAGAAGAAGAAAGGGAGAAGGUAAAGAGUCUCAAACAAAACAGGAGUAAGACAGUUUUCCCUCAACAGACAUCCACCAGACAUGAGCUGAAGAUGGCCAUGAUGAAACGAGAAAACAUUGCAAAAGACAGCAAACAUGACUUGAUCUACAUGGAACGGCAGAAAGCAGUAUUGGAGCUGUCUCUGAUGAUGAAAAGGUCAGAGAUUUUGAAGAUGGACAAAAUCAUUGCAAAGGAAGACAGACAGCUGAGGCAGCUGGAGAAGAAUAUCGAGAGAGACAACCUGAAAUUUGAGGAGUUCCUCAGGGAGAACGAGAAGAAGUCUGUGGAGGCCAGAACAUUCUUUGAACAGGAGGCAAAGGCCAAACAGGAGAAGAAUGCUGACAUCAAGAAACUGACGGCUGGAAUAGGAACCGUAACAAGUGAGAUUGCCAAGUUUGAAGAUAUCCUGAUAGACUACAAGAGGUACAAGGAGCUGCUGUUUGAGUUGUCUCCUCCAGAGUGGCAGGAGGCCCAGAAGACCAAAGCUUUGAAAAACAAGGAUCUGUCUGAAGGAGAAGCUCAGGAGAAGGACAGGGAGCCUGAGGAGUCAGCUGUUAGGAAGGGUUUGGAGAUGGAGGUGUACGGUCCAGGCCGAGAGCUGGCGCCCAUCACAGAGACCGGGCAGUCCUCAGCCAAUAGCGACGCAGUGAUAACAAUUUCCAAACUGGAUAGUGGCCACUCAGAAUUUGAGGAGGAUCCGGAGCUGUACUUCUCUGACCCCCAGCAGCUGAUGAAUCUGGUGACGGAGCUGACGGAGCAGAUCUUGUCUCUGAUUCAGAACUCUACGAGGGUGGAGGAGACUCUGGAAAAACUCAAGCAGUCCAUGGACACGACCAGCAAGAAGAUUGAAAAGGACAAAGAGCAGCUGACCCUGCAGAUCAACGACAUGAAACAGAGAAUCGACGUAGAGAAGGAAAGAGGCGCCAAGCUCGGACAGAAGGUUGAGCUCCAUGUGAUUCUGAAGACAGAAGACCAGGACGUCGUGUUGGAUGAUCUGGGGGACAAGGUGGAUGAGGUCCAUCGCUGCUGCGUGGACGACAGACUCACCAACCUCAGCACCUUGGAGAAGAUGGCCAAUAUUGAGAACCGCAUAGCUUUACUGCUGCAGAGCCUCGAGAGCAUCCCUGAGGACAGCUUAGAGAUGAUGAAGAAGAUCAAGGACAGUGAGAGGAGGAGCAGGCAGCGUGAAGAAAAGCUGAGAGAGCAGAGAGAGAAACAGCAGGAGAGGAUGAGGAGGUACCUGGAGAGAUCUCUGGCUGACUCCAAGAAAAUAACUGGGAGAAAGCUCGUGCCCAGAUGCAAACCUGUUGCCCAGAAAGUCAGAGUCAGCAAUGUGGACAACACGCCUGCUGAAGACGAGCUGCAUGCCUACCUCUUCAGCCCCGAUGACAUAGACUAGAGGAAACUAAUCUAAGCUAAUCCAUCCAACACAACAGUUGAGGAGUGAAAAUAUUUCGCAAUAUAAUCCUAAUUACUUGCCUACACCAUAUCAUGACAUAAAACCAGAUUGAUUCCAUUAAUCAUUAGCUGAAAUGUUAACACAACAUUAUCAUGCAUUAUAGUGUGAAUCGAGCAAUGAAGUUUAUGUGUAAGAGAAUCAUGUAAAGAAUAAUAAGUCUGAUUGCAAUGAGUGCCUGGUUGUAUAACUGUUGUGAAAUAGAACAUUUUAGAUCAUUUAAACCAUAUACAUAAUCAUUUAUAAAGCAUGCUUUCCUACUACAAAUCUGUUGCUGACUUUAAAGGAAAGACUUUGUCACUUCCUAAAUUCAAUCUCAACACAUUUGUAAGACAAUGUAGGAUGUUACAUUUCCCCUAUAAAAUAAAAAAACUGACAGUUUACUAAACUUUAUUUUUGUUGUCAUGGUAUAAUAUAACGUUCUUACAGCUUAAUUAAAU